AUGAGAGGAGUGCAUAGAAAAGAAUUGAACUACAAAACACUGAGCUAGAUUAAGCGAGUGAUUGCAGGCCACAUUAGGUGUUGUCAGACCUGAUAAAAGGUUGGCCACAAGUCGACACGUCCUCUAUUGAACAGACAGUGCAGUACAUGUAGUUUCAGAUUGGCUCAGACAUUCAUGGAUCUUAAUAGUCUAAGGAACUAAUCUAUUUUAAAUUGUCAAAUUAAUGUCAGAUUUCAGUGAUACAUGUGGAUGGAUAUUAUGGUGGUGUGAAAAAUUGCUAUCUAGGAGUUAAAAAAUAUACAUCACAGAAGCAAGUUCACCUAUACAAUAUUGUGCAGCUAUUAUUAAUUCAUAACAGGUCAUAGCAUCAGAUGAUAUCAACAGGCAAUUGCAGCAUCGAUAUGAGCAGACGGUAGAAGUUGCUGGUGAGUUUCAGAAGGGUCCGACAGCUGAUGGUACUCUUGCAUGGCGGAAUUUCUUGUACAGCCUUGACAGUUAAGUGUGCCAAGCUUUUGCAGUCCUUUUCAAUCCUGGAUCUGGAAUACACAUCUAAGGAUUCCAGUUUCUUUCCAGAAGAGAACAAAGUUUCCGUAAACAUUUGGAUUGUAUCUGGCAGAAGUUUUGAAAGUACCUAUCAUGCAAAAAGCAUGUUGAUUAGUAUAACAAAAUACUAUGAAGGAGUAAUACAUGUCCAUUACGUGUCUUGCUGUUUGAUAAGUUUUAUUUAAAUUUCAACAAUAACAUCAAUAGUGAAGCACUUUGCGAGGACAAGUGACAAAGGAUUUAAAUGUUUUUGUGAGAAGUUAUGUUAAACGUCAUAUCCAAGACAGCAACAAGAUUCAGCUGCGUCCAUGAAUGGAAUAUCAGUCGGCGAGUCACCAGUCAAGGAAUUACACAGUUUCCAUGCCGAUGAAUUUAGUCACGGUAUCUAGGAGACAGCGAUUAUUGGAAAAAACUGAAAACAAAGGCCUGCAGAUGACAGCACUGGAAUUCACUCCAUAAUUCUUCUGUACAGGAAGGAAAUAGCUUCAGUUGGCUGUCAUCUUCACUUUGUAGUUACUAAUGGUUCAUUCUGUGUCAAUUACACCUCAAUCUUUGACAUGAGCUGAUAUAUGUGUUGACCCAUUUAUUGGCAAUAAAUAUUGCUUGUGUGACUUGUGACAGAUGUUCUCUUACUUUGCUUCUUGGAAUAAUAAAAUGGUUGACUUGGUGACAGAUGUGAUAUAACUUCACUGUUUAGAUAAGUAAAAAGAAACUUGAAAAUUCUGUGGGAAAAAACAUAUGUGAUGCAAUGAAAUUGCUGAAUAAAUGCAUGGAGCUUGGGUAAUCAUGUUUUUCUAAGUGAGAAAAUGACAUGUAAUGGAUGUGUUUACAAGCUUUUCAAUGGGAACAGGCUUCGCUCAUAAACAAGAUAAAAUGUGGUAGCUAGUUUCUGAAAAUCUCUGCUAAUGAAGAACAUUUUUUACAACUGUCUGUGAUCGACUUCAGACUGUGAAAACGAGUAGGAAUUAAUGUUGGGAUGACAGAGGCAUCAUAAAGAUGCCCUGUUCCAAAGAAUUAUCGCAGGAGAAUAUUCCAAAUAAUUAGCCAGCAAAAAGUCAGGCAUAAUCUCCAGUAUGAUAAUUUCUGUUGGAAGAAGUACACACAUUUGUUGGGAAGUGGAAUUCAAAAUAAUGUGAAGUGCUCAACAUCACAAAGAAAUAUGGCACACAGCAUAGGCAUUUUGAUCGUCUUUCUCUUUUUAAGUGCAAUAAAUGCAGUGGCAAUCAUGCUGAAUUUCGAGUGUACUACAUCCAGUGCAGAUGCAAUAGUGGGCGUGGCUAACUGCUCAAGACAGCACCUAGCCCACGUGCCAGCCAACUUACCACACAACAUUCGAGUGCUCGAUCUCUCCAACAACCAAAUCACACAGCUUCAGGACAAUGCGUUUGUGAAGUAUGAACUCCUUGAAAUGCUGCACCUGCAUAAUAACAGCCUGUCGAGAUUAGAGACGAGGGUGUUCAAUCGUUUGCGGAGCGUCAUGUACCUCGACUUGUCAUACAAUAACAUUGCCGAGAUACCCUCGCAAGCCUUUCGGGACUUGAAAUCCUUGCUCACUUUAUCCUUACUCGGCAAUAAAAUUGUCACCAUUCAUUGGGAUGCGUUUGGUGGCAUUACGAAAUUAACUAAUCUGUUUUUAUCGGGUAAUCACAUUCAAAGCAUUCAUCCUAAUGCAUUUACUGGAUUACGCAAUCUACAAUACCUGGAACUACAAAAUAACGCUCUUUCACAGCUUAAUGGUUCUUCUUUGGAAUCAUUUCAGACAAAUCUUAAAGAGAUCAAACUCUUCAACAAUCCAUGGUUUUGUGACUGCAAUUUACGAUGGUUAAUACAGUGGCUCAAAAACAGUAGUGAAACAGAUAUUCAGCGUCUUCGUUGGAAAUUUGGUUCAGAGGAGCCAAUGUGUAAUGGACCAUCUAUUAUUGAUCAAAGACUGUUUUCCAGCUUAACAGGAGAAUGGUUUCUAUGUCCUAUACGAAUGUAUUCCAAGGCCAGGAACCAAGAAACCUUGGCUGGUGGGGAGGUGGAGCUUUUCUGCAAAUAUUCAGCUGACCCCCGUGUUGACAUUCAGUGGCUGAGAAAUGGUCAGCCACUUGACCUGUCACAGAAGCAGAAAUACAAAGUGGACUAUGAGGGCACAAUUAUGACAACAAGUCGGUUGUAUAUCUUUGACUUUGGAUACGGUGAUAUUGGUGAAUAUGAGUGUUACGCGGAAAAUAAACUUGGACGUGCUUUCGAUUCCUGUCUGGUUACCAUCCAAGGUGUAGAUCCAUCUAUUGCUUUGCAACCAACGACAAAAAAUGUGGAAGAUGAUAAAGACCGAGUUAGAAAUGCAAUAAUUGCUUCCUCGACAAUAGGUGGUGUUAUGUUUUUAUUGAUAAUUGUUCUCAUCAUAUUCUGCUGCAUAAAAAGGUGCAAACGGUACCAUAGAAGAAAGAAGGAGUCCAUAAGAAUGAGUUUUGAAGAGCACUUGAAGGCUAAUGGCUUCAUUGAGCCCAGUCUUAAGAAAGAGCCAGUAAUGUUUGACGAUGUCGCUGACAGAACACCGUCGCUGGAGGAUGACCUUGAGGAGCCAGGUUCAGUGUAUGAUUCCCUACAAAGACCUCGACAGCCCAGCUCUGUCAAUACAAACACAUACAUUUCAUUCAAGACAGAGUUCUCUGAACCCGAAGCCGAAGAAGAGACACAGCUCAAUUCCGAGGGACACCAAACCACAGCCAGCACUUCCAAGACGAGUGACGGCUCCCAGUGCGAAUCUACAUCCCCACUGCUAGAAAACAUAUCACCAAUACUCAUUGAUCCUAACGACCCAUUUUAUGAGGAGGCAAAUUUAUAUGUGCCACGUUUUUAUGCCUCAACAAACAAUUAUUUACAUUCAACGCCUCGUGAUCUGGAAGCUAAUAUUCUCAAUGGCUUGAAUUCAGCUCCCAGGAAGAUCCAACGCUUUGAAAGUGAAUUCAUUCCAGUACGUGAUGUCCAUGGAUUUAUACUCCCUAGUAUGACAACAUUACACACUUAUCACUCGGCAACCUUGCCACAAAAUGGCCAUGUGCCUAGGAUUCCACACAGGACUCACACAUUGCCGCACGGAUUUUCAGCACAUCACAUGCCAGACUACAAAUCAAACCCAGCUGUCAGGAGUAACAGUAUGUCGAUCAAUCACCGGAGUUCGUCUGUCGGUUAUCUGGGUACAAACCCUCCCAAAAAGCCCCCUCGAAGCUUUCAAUCGCGUGACACUGUAUCAUUACAUUCUCAAUCAAGCUUUGGCGAGGAAGGAGGUUUGAAACUCUCACUACCUAAACCUGGGUCUGUGGAUGGGUACGGAACUGCUGUCUAAUGUCAUAGAAUUGUAUGUUAAACUAGAAUAUAAUAUGCCAUUCAAUCAUGAAUAAUUGUACUUCUACAUGUAUUUGUGGAUUGUGUUUUUCUAAUGGUCCCAACAAAUUCAAGGUUUUUAUUCUUUAUCUACUUAAAAUUGUCAGACACAUAAAAGAAAUACUAAAGGUACAUGUAAUUGUAUCACAAAUUAACCAUUAUUAGAUUAUUUUACAUCAAACUCUGGUUCAAUAUGAACAAGUUUAAGAUCCAGAAUAUGGAAAAAGUAAUUUUAAAUAUAUAUUAGAAUAAUUUAAGUUUUCAACUUUAUUCACAAAUAAAAUAAAGAAUCUUGCUAAUGCAUUUGGUACAAAACAUGUAUAAACAUACUACAGGUACUUCCAUAAGUUUUUGGACACAUUUUAUGUGAUAGGUGGCAAAUGAAAAACUUUCUAUUUAUUUAUUUGGCUCAAUAGAUACACUAAGUAUUACUAUUUGAGAUCCUGAAGAUGACUAUAUUUUUUAUUAUAACUGUUUGUGCAUAAGAAAUGCCUUUGUUGCAUAAUAAACUGGAUUAAACAU